GGAGCGCUCAUUUCAAGAUUUGCAACCAGCCCGCCGUCAACUCAAAAAUUAUUUUCUCUGGGUUUUUCGCACAAGUUUGGCAAUUAGCUGUUUGAGUUAGAGUUUGUGACUUGGCCAGUGUGUGGUUUUUGUGUGUGCGAGUGCUAGUGUGCAGCAAUUGCAGCAACAAUUGCAGUUAACCGAGAAAACCAACAACAAUAACAACUACUCGUGAAGAAAUAAAAGUGAAGCCGGUUUGCAAAAAAUUACGCAAAAAAAAACGAAAAAAAAAAAGAAGUAGGAAAAACGAAGACAACAAAAUUACCGUCUGCACUGAAUUCGUGUGUUGAUUCAAGUCACACGAAAAUAGUCAAAUAAGCCACCAAAGAGAAAGAGUCCAGUAAUCAAUUAAAACGGGUUGAUUGGCGGAAAACGAAGUGUUUGCCAGAUUCAACAACAAAAUGCAAUUCCUUUGCAUCUUUGCCUUUGCCGCCCUGGCACUCGGAAGUGGAUCGGUGGCCAGUGGCGCCUCGCUGCCCACAUCCGGCGAGCCGAGCGUGUUCAGCAGCGAUCCCAGGCCCGGCUCCGGUCCGGCCGAGGAGUAUGUGGAGGUCUCGCCGGCGGGCGACGGCAGCGUGGUGGUGGUCUCGCCCGCUGGGUCAAUCGAUUUUGGCGGUUUGCAGUACGAUGCAGUUACACCACCGACUAGCGACCAGUUCGGCUCGACUGCCGUAACACCCUGUAGUCUCAGUUCGACGGAUCUGAAUGAGUGCAUUCGGGGUCUGAUCCAGACAUUCGCCCCCAAGCUGAGGUAUCAGGGAGUGCCGGAGUACAACAUGGGAUCGAUCGAUCCGUACUUCUACAAGCGGGGUAUCUUCCGGUACGCCAACGACGGCAUUCAGGGCGGACUCCUGAUCAAGAACAUGGAGAUCUACGGCAUCAGCACGCUGCAGGUCAACAGUGUGGCGGCCAAUUUCACCGAAAACGGGUUCGUGAUCAAGCUGGGCGUGGAGUUGCCCCAACUGAAGGCUGGCGGACACUUCAAGGCGGACGUCAAGUUCGGUGGCCUGCGCCUGGUGCCCAAGGGUCCCUUCAACAUUACCAUCGACAACAUCAAGGCCACCAUUCUGACCGACGGACACAUCGAGCAGUUGCCCAGUGGACAGCAGCGUCUCAGCUUACACCGCCUGAAUGCCAAUGUCAAUAUCGGCGAUGCCAAGGUGGUGGCCAAUGGCAUCUUCUCUGACCGGAAUCUGAAUGGCAUGAUCCUGAAUCUGGUUAACGAGAAUCUGCCGGAGAUAACUCGAGUCGGUAUUCCCGCCACCCGCGAACAAUGGGCUCCCAUUCUGAUCGCCCACAUCAACGAGUUCUUUGCUAAGGUUCCUAUCGAGAAAUUCCUGGUUCAAUGAUGCCCCACACAAACCUCUUCUCAAGGAAUAUUUAGCUAUUAGUUAGUUUUAGUUUAAUCAUAACGAUUACAAAUUUAUGUUAAACGCUGUUUCCAAAUAACUGUUUAUGCUCAAAGAGUUUUGGCGAUCAUUUGGAAUGAUUUUCUGCAUGUACCAAUUUGUAUUUAUUUAUCACAUCCAUUCUAAAAGGAAAGUACAAGUUUUCUGAAAAUUCUGAAAAUAAAUGCUCUGUUUGAAAAA